GGUAAUAAGGUAAUAGGCUUCGUCUGGCCACGAAACUGCUUGUCAGUCAUCUAUCCCAACAAAAACUAUACAGAACGAAGAUCAGUGAUCACAGGGUGGGUGGAAGACGCGAUGAAGCACCUCGUGAUAACACCAAAAUAAGAUAAGAUAGAACUUUAUUAAUCCCUCGGGUGGGUUCCUCUGGGAAAUUCGAUAAUUCGAAAAUGUGCAAAGGAUGAAAGAAAUGACGGGAAACCGUGCAAAGUUGAGCAGUUUAUGAAGACGUGCCAAACAUUUUUGUCUAACCUCACACCUCCGUUUAAUCGUCUUUGUGACCAUUUGACCUUUGACCCUACAAAUGUCACAUACUCCAUUACACAUAAUACGCAUUGCAAAACCUGCAUAACUAUUAACAAGUCAGCCAUGUUCCUGUGAAUCAGAAAUAGCAAAGAACUGUUAGAGACAUGCGUCAUUACUUUAAAAUGGUCAUCAAAGCGAAUUUAGGGGAAGUCCCAAUGACGUCUACAGCAUCUCAUAAGAGGAAGCGGAAGAUGCACCAUGCCUGGGCACCAUGCGUCUAAAAUCAGUGUUGUCAUCUUGGUUUAUAGGAGACAUCCUCACAAAAAUGGCUAUUCUGCUUGGACUUUUUUCAACUCUCCUAUUUGUGUCUGAAGCCAUAUUUGUGUACAAUGUCAACUCAACCAUCAUGGACUCAGCACUCCUAGGAUGUAGCGUGCCAGUUAAAACAGACUUGAAAAAUCUUCGCUUUUACUGGCAGGAUGAAAGGAAGGCUGUUUUGUACUCUUUCAAUAAAGGACAGACAAUGUUCAAGCACGUAAAAGACCCUUAUCUGAACAGGACCGCGGCCUUCACCCAGGAAAUGACGAAAGGAAAUAUUUCAGUCCUAGUCAAGAAUUUGACUCUUGGGGAUAAUGGGAGGAUAUUUGAAGCUUACGCUGCAGUUUUUAAUGGUUCGGAGACAGUGAUGCAGACCUCAAAAGUUUGCCAUGCAAAUUUGUAUGUAACAGUGCCUUACAAGCACCUCAAGCUGGCUGUAAACACUAAAACAAUGACUUCAGUGUGCACGCUGCAUGGUGUAUUUCCAGCUCCUGAGAUACGCUGGACCAUCCACUACAACCACUCUGAAUCCUUGGUUGAGUCGAAGCAUGUCCACACUAAGACAGAGCAGGAUCCUGAAAACUAUUUGUACACCUCCAGCAGCACUCUCCACAUCCCUGCAGAUCAUUACCAAGCCAUUACCUGUCUGUGCCACAACCCCACUUCAAAUACGACUCUGAACGCCACUUAUACUUUAAGCAAAGGUGCAGCAGUGUGGAGUUUACCUGGCCGGACUGCAGGUCUCAUAGUGGCUGCUGCAGUUCUUCUAACAGCUCUGCAGCAGCUGUAGUUCACACAUGAUGGCCUGGUUUUGGUGGUGGACGACUUCAGCUGGUCUAGGAUAUUCAAAGUACACCAAAGUUUGUGUGACUUUUGAUGUAUUUAUAAGUGUAUUUAUGCCACACUACUCCAGUCUUAUUGCAAGCCCAAAUCAGAGACUUUUGAAAAUGCUGCUUAUCCAGUUUCAGUCUGGCCUGGACGGGAAAACACAGACUGAGUUUCAUGAAUCAGAAAAAUGAAACCAAAAGAUCACACCUAGGAUCAGGUUCCCUGUGUGGUUUCAUCCAUUUCGUGUCAGUAGUUACUUCAGGAUUUCAUAAAAGGAACAAUUGCGCACACAUGUGGGUUAAAAACCUCGAGGUGGAUAAUAAUAGUCCUGCUAGUUUUGUGUUCAGUGCGGGCAGAAGAUGAAAGGAGUAGAGAUUGUGAAGGUGGAUGAGUUUAAAUGUUUGGGCUCGACCUUCCAAAUAGACAGAGCAGACGAGACGUGAAGAAAAGAAACAGAGGAAGACCUCGGAGAUUCAUGGAUGUAGUGAAGGACUGGUGAUGGGGGAGGGUGCUGGGAGUGAUCUGUUUUGAAAAGCAGCAGAAAUCUCCUUUUAAACUUGUUUGGUUUUUUUAGCACUAUGAUUGUGAAGCACUUUGUUAUAUUUAUCUAUAUGAAUAAAAUGUUAUUUUACUUAUGCUUCUGUUUCUUAUUUUACAGUUUUGCCAUUAAAGUUUAAAGGUUUUUUAGUUCUUCCUGAUAUUUCCUGGUGGUUCCUGUAAAGUUUUGGAAAUCCAUUCAGAUUAUGCUGAUGGCAUAGUGAACUACACUCACCAGCCUUAUUGUGAUUGGCUCAUAACUUUGUGGCAAGAUGUAAACAUAAUGGUCUCCCCCUGCAACCCAUAAUAAUGGCAGAGGAGCGCGCUGGACUGCAAACAACAAAGCACCUUUACAACCUUACUUUUUAUGCUGCUGGGUGGCUUCAUUUACAAUAAUACAUGUUUUUUAGUAUAUUUAUGUUUUAUAUUAUAAGCAGAAAAAUGUUUUAUUCAGACUUCAAGAGAAAUAU